AUGGAUAUCAACAAGUUGAAAUUCGCUGUCAGUUGCUCGAGUAAUAUGAAUCGAAGUAUGGAAGCUCAUAGUUUUAUGCAAAAACGAGGUUUCAACAUUGAAUCUUAUGGUUCUGGAAAUCAGGUCAAACUUCCUGGCACAGCUAUAGACAAACCAAACUGCUACGAAUUCGGGAAGGCGACUUAUGAAUUCAUUUAUAAUGACCUCAAAGCAAAGGAUUCUGCAUAUUAUACUCAAAACGGCCUUUUAAAUAUGUUAGAUCGAAAUCGUCGAAUAAAGCCUGCUCCACAGAAGUUCCAGCACGAGGAUAAAGAGUUCGACGUCAUUAUUUGCCUUGAGGAGAGGGUUUACGAUCAGGUAAUUGAGUUUCGCAGUAUUCGUGUUUGCUACGACUUUUAUUAUUUAUUCAUACUAUGGGAAAAGGCCUUCUGA